UGGAUGCUGCUUCAGAACGACCAUAAAUGGUUGCAAAGCUGUUUUAGGGCUCACUUCCUUGUUUCAAACGCCUAAUGAUAAACUUCACCAUACCCACCAAAGGAAACCACAGACAGCACAAAACCAAAGACAUCUGCACAGACCUGUCACUUCUGUGUUGAUCUGUGAACAUGGAGACAUCGGCUGGUUUCUGGCUCCUCGCUGUGCUGCUGUUAGUCGGCUUCACUCAGGCCCAGACUGUGGAGAAGUACAUCAGGGUUGGUGGCACACUUCAGCUCAGCCCUCAGCCGGUCUCUGAACGGAUCUACAGCGUCGUGUGGAAAUACGGCAAGACCCUGCUGGCUGAGUGGGUGAAAGACCAGAUUCCUCUGACAUAUUACAGCAAGUUUAAAGGCCGGACCACUCUGAACACUAACACGGGAGUGUUGGAGAUCAGGAACAUGACUGCAGCGGACAGUGGACUGUAUUCAGUGGAGAUCAACAACCAGGUCCAGAGUCGGGUUCAUAAGAUUAUGGCGAUCGAGGAUGUGCCGCAGCCUGAGGUGGAAGUGAAGCCGCUGGUAUGUAGCUCAGCCUCAAAGAGAUGUAAAGUGGUGUGUGAGGGAGACGUUAGCAAAGCCGGGCCUGUGGAGUACUUCUGGAAGAAGGAUGAAGGAGAGUGGGCAACGUCUGGAAAGAACACCGUGGAGCUCAUUAAUGAUGAGGAAACACAGCGUGUGACAACUUUCUCCUGCAGAAUAAAGAAUCAGUUUAGUGAGAAAGAGAGCGAAGCCUUCUUCAAUGUUUUCUACCGAAUAAAACCAGCAAACAGUGACGAUCUGCACUGUGGACUCUGGGUUAUAACUUUAGGUGCUGUGAUGAGAUCUCUGGCGAUCCUCGCACUGUUUGUGGUGGUUGUUUACUUUCUGUGUAACAAGCGCCGCCACCCGAUCGGUGUGAGAAGCAGCUAUGAGGAAGACAAAUGUGCACCACCAACAUGUGGAUCCUGCAGGUGA